AUGGUCCUAGCAGCGGAUAGGGAAGAUUUUAUCGUACCACCCGAAAGGUUCAAGGAAUCUCCACUCCAUAGAGGUCAAGUUGUGGAGACUUCUAGCCUUUCGAAUUAUGAGAAACUUAUGCUACCUUCUUUUACACGGUAUGGGAACGGGAAAGGCAAGACUUCCCUUUUAGCUUUAACAGAUGAGUUUUCUCCAUCAACCGCUUCCAGCUCUCAAAAAAUACCAUUCUUAAGGUAUAUAAAAAAAAGGGCACUGGAUCCAUAUCUAAAUCUCUUUAAACAUUGCCCAUGGGAGCGCAAAGUCAACAUGGAUAAAAACAAAAGUGUCUUGGCUCCCUCUGUUCCCUGCUCAUAUCAGGGCUUGGCUCGUAACGAGAAAAUGAUGGUGCUUCAGUACCAAUCAAAACUUUUGAGGCAAUCGGCAAUUCCCUGGAAGAAGGUCACUUUAUGGAUCACGCGUAUUGCUCGUGUGGGAGGAAAAGCCUCUCAGGGUAUCAUUUGUUUACUUUCAUCAUCUUUCGUCGAAGGAGUCGUUGAUUGA